AUGUCGCUGACGGAGGUCAGGAUCGGCGAGGAGGUGUGGCUCACCUGCCUCUCCCACGCCCUCACCACCGAGACCGAGGAGGUCAUGGGCCUCCUCCUCGGCGACGUCGUGUCCUCCAGCAAGGGCGGCUCCACGGCGGUGAUAUGGGGCGCGUCGCCGCAGAUGAGGUGCGAGCGGAAGAAGGACCGCGUCGAGGUCAACCCCGAGCUGCUCGCCGCCGCGUCGGCGCAGGCCGAGGUAAUGACGGCCACCAUCGGGAAGACGACCCGGGUGAUCGGCUGGUACCACUCGCACCCGCAUAUCACCGUCCUGCCUUCCCAUGUAGAUGUGCGUACCCAGGCUAUGUUUCAGUUGCUAGAUCCAGGCUUUGUUGGGCUGAUAUUUUCCUGUUUUAGUGAAGAUGCUCAAAAGGUUGGGAAAAUCCAAGUGAUUGCCUUCCAGUCACUUGAUGGGACACAGAACACACAGCGUGCUAUUGUUCCUGUUAUUACCAAUCCUGUCAUUAACCUUGAACCAUCUUGGAGUUCAUCCGAUAGCUCAUUAGCAUUGAUUGAGGGCAUUGAACAGGACACUGGAGAUUCUAGAGCUUCAAACGGAAGCAAGGUCUGGGGAAGAUCUCAGGAUAUGGAUCUAUAUCCUUCUUUGGACACAAAUCAUUCGGCAAGACAUCUACCAAUAGAAAACGCUAUUGUUCCUUUCGAACCGGAAAACAGUGCUGGGCCCUCUAUUGAUCAAGAUGGUUCAGAUCUGUCCCCAAGCAUACAGGAGGCUUUGCACCGGUCAACCAUGGACAUAAGUGGUGCAGAGUAUAAAAGGAAGGAGGUGCCACUUAAAGUAUUCCCUACAAGGCAUCUGCUAAAGCUGGACACUACGUUGAGUUCGUACUGUGAUAUGCAGCGUGUCCUUUUUGAAGAGGAACAAUCAGCAUAUAACCAAGCCAUGCUUCAGAAUAUUUGUGAUGGGAAGAUGCACCCACUUACAUCUAUGCACCAUACCUCCACAUAUAAUGCUUCUCUAUGCAAACUGAUGGAAUACUGCUUGAGCCCUGCUAUAACUGUGCUUCAGGACCGUGUGAAAGAAAACGAACUUCGGUUAGCUAUGCUAGUGGAGGAGGCUAAACAACUGGAGGCCGAGCAGAGCACGAAAACUGGCUCUCCUCGCCGUGCGAUGCCCGGAGGGACUACCAGUGGCAUCACUUCGCCAAGGGGCCAGGACAAGUACCCUUCCGGCAGACAAGGGGGCCCUAUAAGCCCUAGCAGCAGCGGCCGGAGGAAGGCUCCUUGA